AUGCGGCUGCUCGAGUUCCCAAAAGGCGCCUCGGUCGUGCGUGUCCUCACGGCCAAAGAGGAAGUCGACCUCCGGCGCCUGGUAGCAUGGGACCUCUCGCGGCUCGUGAGCGCAACAGCGCCGACAACGAUCCUCACGCCGAGCAGCAUACCCUUCAACACAGCGACCUUUGACAGUUUUGUCAACGCGGCGCUCGGGCCGCGUCUCGAGACGGCGCUUCGCCCUGCCGGCGCCUUUUACACCUCGCUCGCGCACCUCGCGGUGGAUCGCAUCGGGACGGCCACGACCAUGGUGCCGGCGCACCGCCCCAACGGCACGUUUGGUUCGCUCUACGUAGCUUUGCCGCACCCCUUUGUCGGCGGCGCGCUCUCGUUCAUGCGUGGCAGCGACACGAGCACGUGGUUUGAGAGCGCGACGUGGUCGAUGCUCCGCUACUCGUACGCCGCGUGUUAUCGACAUACGCGCGUCAUCUCCACGGCCAUCACCAGUGGCUCUCGUCUCCUCCUCGUGUACAACCUGAUCUACCUCGACCCGUGCACGCACACGCGCGACUAUCCCAUCUCGGUUGAUGCCGCUGCGACGCGCCUGUCCACGCUCGCAGCCAAAGCCCACGAGCCCAACGACAGUCGACUGGCCUACCCGGUACGGACGAGUGCGUCGCUGUCGUUUGAUGCGCUCUCGGGUCACGAGAGAGACCUUGUCAACGCCUUGAUUCUCUCCGGCGACUAUGACGUGGCGCUCGGCUGCGUGCGCCCGAAGCUGUCGUUUGACGAGGGCAUCAAUAUGGCUGGCUACAUCAUGGCGUCCGUGCCCGAGUCGAGCCACAUCCUCUGCAGCAUCCAACUGCAUCCAUCGACGGGCGAUCUACACUUUCUCAAAGACGGUCUCGCGGGAGCUUUUUUCCACGACUAUGUCUCGACCGCCCGCGACGUCGACCACAAGGCGGACGACAACGAUCUCCUCGGUGUCGUCGUCUUUUGGCCCAAGCGGCGACGGCUCGAGGCCGCGGGCCCCCAUGGCGCAUUGCUCUGCCUCGAGGACGCCGUCUCCCGUGGCCCGCCGUAUAUCGAUCAUCUUGUCGGCUACGACAGUCUAAACUCGCUCGUGCGCAGUGUCUUGCCUCUGCUGGCCGCGCCCGAUCUCUCGAAGGCCUCGAUUCUCCAGCGCAUCCAAGCAACCGCGAAUGCGUCGGCGACCGAGCUCUUCGCUCGCACCGCGCGACUCUUGGACGUCAUCGGGGACCCGGCUCUGAUGGCCACCUACAUGGCAACGUCGCUCGAUCUUGAUUACUUUGGCACCAAAGCGUCCGAGAUUGCGAUAUGGAUCCACCGCGUCUGCUCUACGUUCGGUUGGGAGGUGCUCUCGCAUGGGCUCGAGCAGCUGGUAGAUCGUUGGACGAACGAGCGGGCAACCAUGGCACCCGCGAUCCGCUUGAUCGCAGCGCUUGCGGGUGUUGACGGCCCCGACCCGCUGUGUCCUUCGCUGCGACAGCCGUAUGUUCCCGAGCUCAUCAAGGCGCUCUGGCGGACGGCGCAGCUCAACGUCGAAGAGCUCUAUUACGUGGUCGAAGCUGCGGAAUUGAUCAAGGUUCUUGGCGCGUGCCUGGCCGUCGAAGGCUACGUGGCGUCGAUGUCCGAGCGGCCCGCUGCCCAUUGGCUUCAGGCGCGUCUCCCGCCAUUCGCCUUGUCGGCGAUUGAUACGGCACUCAACCCGGCCACGUCCAUGACAGCGAUCAUGCUCAACGACCCAGACAAGUGCUCGCUGCUCAACGUUGUCACGCACGCACUGGCGCGCAGUCUCGACGCCAACCCGACACUUUGCGCGCCCGGCCUCGCGACGGCCGUCUUGCAACUCCUGGACGACACGCUCGAUGGUGUCAACACUCUUGUCGACGAUGUGUGGAUGACACGAAGUGCCAUCGAGGUAGCAGCCGACAUGCUUGUCAUCGCCUCUCGCCAUGGCCGCUUGGUGCCAUCUCUUCUCGAGCGCUGCGAGACGAUCUUUGGUAGCCUCCUCGUUCCUGCCAUCUGCCAUGCCCUGCGCCACUCGACGCUGGAUCCAGACGUCCAAGCAAAGCUCUUGCAACGAAUGCCACCGCCCGAGACCGACGAUAUCGUCCGCACGCAGGCCAAGCACCUCGACGUAUUUUACAAGAAGCAUCCACACCCCCAAGUGCCCCCGCCCGACGGGUCCAAGCACGUUCAUUGGCGCUGGAUCAUCGAUCUCUUGGAGGUGGUGACGAUGGUGGACGCGACCAAGACGCUGUCGUACGUCCAGGCGUGGGUGACGAACGUUUUGGCGCCAAAGCCAGCGUUGUUUGGCGAGGUCGCCUUCUACUGCCUCACGCGUCAUGCGUUUUGGCCCACGGAGGCGUGGGUGGCCGUCGCGACAGCGGCGAUUCCGGUGCUGCAAAACGAGUUCAAAACGUGGAGCUUCAAUUCUCGCAACGUCCGCGACGCCAACCAAGCGCUCGUGCCCUGCGACUGCGUUUUGGCGCGCCAGAUCAACGACUUUUUAAGCACCAAGUACGGCGUCGAGGAAGAGGUCUACGGGCCGCGCUGUGACGCCGUGGACGCGUUCUUUGGCGACGACGACGAGCCCGAAACGAUGUUCAAGAAGAAAAAACCCAUGACGACCAUGACACUCACGCGUCGGCGUGAAGCUUUGACGCUCAUGCAAAGCAAGUUCCAGACGGCCUCCAUGCGUCUCGAACGCCUCCAAGCAUUGAUGCAAGCGCCGAAGCAGCGCGGAACUCGUCCCAAGCGUCCCGCAGUCCAAGGCAAAGAGGGUGCCAAACGACGGUGUGUUCCGGCGUCGCCACCGAUUCUUGCGAGCUAAUUAUGUUCCGUGUU